GUACAAAAUGUUGUUGGCUCAUGUGACGUUCGAUUCUCUAUUCAGUUAGAAGGCCUGUGCAUUAUGCAUGCGCAGUUCUGCACUUAUGAGCCAGAAUUAUUUCCCGGCUUGAUAUACCGAAUGGUCCAUCCUCGAGUUGUACUGCUUAUUUUUGUCUCUGGUAAGGUGGUAAUUACUGGAGCUCGGAAUCAAGAUGAAAUUGAUCUCGCUUUCAAGCACAUCUAUCCUAUCCUCAAACGUUUCAAGAAGUAG